AUGGAGGACACCACUGAGCUCAAUACCUCCAAGCUUGGUACAAAGAAGUAUUGGGAUAACUUUUAUGACUUGGAAAGGAAGAAUUUUAAGGAAAACUCAGAAGAUACCGGUGAAUGUUGGUUUGAUGACAAUGAUGCUGAAUUAAACAUGAUUGAAUUUCUGGAAGAUAAUUUGGGCCAGUAUAACAUUCGUUCAGACUCCUCUAUAAUGGAUCUAGGCACAGGUAAUGGGCAUUUACUAUUUGAAUUAUGGGAAAGUGAAAGUUUCUGCGAAAGUAAAAACAUUUUAGGCGUGGAUUACUCUGAAGAGAGUGUUAUAUUUGCAACUGAAAUUGCAAAACAUAAGGAUUUAAAUAAUAAAAUAAAAUUCCAACAAGCAGAUAUCUUUCAAGAGGAUUGGAACCCAGGCAAAUUCGAUGUUGUGUUAGAUAAAGGUACGCUGGAUGCUAUUGCAUUAAGUGGCAUCAAAGUUGGGGACGGUAAAAGCACCAUUGUCGAAAAAUAUUCGGGAGUGAUUGAAAAGCUAUUACAGGUAAAUGGUGUGUUUCUAAUCACGUCAUGUAACUUUACACAAGAGGAACUAAUCAAAAUUAUCGAGACUGAUUCGCUUAAAAUGUUUGAUAACGUUCGUUAUCCAUCGUUUGAGUUUGGAGGGAUAAAAGGCAGCACAAUUUGUACUAUCGCAUUUGUUAAAACAAAAUAG